GGAUGAGCGGGGCCCGGUGCGGAAGCGUGUGAGCUUUGCGCGCGCGCGCGGAGAGCGGAGGCGCGCUCGGAGGCGGUGCGGCGGCGGCGGUAAGAGGUGCGGAUAGCGGUCGGCCGAAGGGGGCCCCACAGCGCUCGCGCAGUCCGGUAGGGGGGCCCGGGACGACACCUCUCAGAAAGUUUCCCGCUGAUCUCGCCGUCCCCUUCCCCCCGCCCCCGGGCAUGAAGCGACGCUGAGGGGACCAGCCGACUGUCGCCGCCGGUGCCCGAGCGGGAGCCAUCGCCGCCGCGUGGGGGGAUCCGGCCGCCUCGAGCCCCCUGCCAAACCGAUGACUACUGCAAACUGUGGCGCCAACGACGAGUUCGACUUCAAGCUCAUCUUCGGGGAGGACGGGCAACAGCAGCCCCCGCCCCUGGGGCCUGCAGAUCUUGAACCAGAUGAUUGUGCAUCGAUCUACAUUUUUAAUGUAGACCAACCUUCAUCAGCAGUGAACCAGCCAAUCUGUAUCCCAUGCCAUGGACUGCAGCCACACUCCUCAGCUUUGUCACCACCUCCCCAGCUGCAAGGUCACAAAAACUAUGAAGGAACGUGUGAGAUUCCAGAAUCUAAAUACAGUCCGCUUGGAGCCUCCAAGCCUUUUGAGUGCCCUAGCAUUCAAAUCACAUCCAUCUCUCCUAACUGUCAUCAAGGAAUAGAGGCUAAUGAAGACGAACUACAUUCAAACGGUCCAGAAAAUGAUUACCUGGAGAGGCCUUCUCGGGACCAUCUCUACCUUCCCCUUGAGCCGUCAUAUAGGGAAGCAUCCCUUAGUCCCAGCCCUGCCAGCAGCAUUUCUUCUCGCAGUUGGUUCUCCGAUGCUUCUUCCUGCGAGUCUCUCUCUCACGUUUACGAUGACGUGGAGUCCGAGCUGAAUGAAGCUGCCGCCAGAUUUACCCUCGGGUCUCCUUUAGCUUCUCCCGGUGGCUCUCCAAGAGGCUGUCCGAACGAUGAGUCUUGGCCGCAGCAGUAUGGGUUUGGGCACUCCUUAUCACCGAGGCAGUCUCCCUGUCAUUCUCCUCGAACUAGUAUCACUGAUGAAAAUUGGCUUAGCCCCAGACCGACGUCAAGGCCCUCCUCAAGACCCACCUCCCCUUGUGGGAAGCGACGACACUCCAGUGCUGAGAUUUGUUACGCUGGUUCACUCUCACCUCAUCAUUCUCCGACCCCUUCUCCAGGUCACUCUCCGAGGGGGAGCAUAACGGAAGACACGUGGCUAGGUACGUCUCUCCACAGCGUUCAAGGCCUUAGUCCUUCGCUUUCCCAGUUCCAGUGCUGUCCAGAGACUGACAUCCCUCUAAAAACAAGGAAGACCUCUGAGGAUCAGACUGCCACUUUGUCCGGAAAAAUCGAUCUCUGUUCAGAUGACCAAGGUAGUCUGUCACCGACCCUAGAAACUUCACUAGAUGACAGCCCUGGAGCUCAACCACCCCUGAAGAAAGAUUUGUCCGGAGACCAAUUCCUCUCUGUUCCAUCACACUUCACUUGGAACAAACCAAAGCCCGGCCAUACGCCUAUAUUUCGCACCUCUUCAUUGCCUCCAUUAGACUGGCCUUUACCAGCUCAUUACGGACAGUGUGAACUUAAAAUAGAAAUACAACCUAAAACUCAUCACCGAGCCCACUAUGAAACCGAAGGUAGCCGAGGAGCAGUGAAAGCAUCUACUGGGGGACACCCUGUUGUAAAGCUCCUGGGCUACAGUGAAAAACCAGUAAAUUUACAGAUGUUCAUUGGAACGGCAGAUGAUCGUUAUUUGCGACCGCAUGCGUUCUACCAAGUGCAUCGAAUCACUGGGAAGACAGUUGCUACUGCUAGCCAAGAAAUGAUCAUUGCUAGCACAAAAGUUCUGGAAAUUCCACUUCUUCCUGAAAAUAGUAUGUCAGCCAGUAUUGAUUGUGCAGGCAUUUUGAAACUUCGAAAUUCAGAUAUAGAGCUUCGGAAAGGAGAGACAGAUAUUGGCAGAAAGAAUACUAGAGUGCGUCUUGUGUUUCGGGUGCACAUUCCCCAGCCUAGUGGAAAAGUCCUGUCUCUACAGACUGCUUCCAUACCUGUUGAAUGCUCCCAGCGAUCUGCUCAAGAACUUCCUCAAAUUGAGAAAUACAACAUCAACAGUUGCUCAGUAAAUGGAGGCCAUGAAAUGAUUGUGACUGGAUCUAAUUUUCUUCCAGAAUCGAAAAUCAUCUUUCUUGAAAAAGGACAAGAUGGACGACCUCAGUGGGAGGUAGAAGGGAAAAUAAUUAGGGAAAAGUGUCAAGGGGCUAACAUUGUCCUUGAAGUUCCUCCAUACCAUAACAAAACAGUUACAGCUGCAGUCCAGGUGCAGUUUUAUCUUUGCAAUGGCAAGAGGAAAAAAAGUCAGUCUCAACGUUUUACUUACACACCAGUUUUAAUGAAACAAGAGCACAGAGAAGAAAUGGAUUUAGCCCCAAUUCCUUCUUUGUCCUUGCCUCAGAAUGGCGGCAUCCGAGGCCUACAUCCCAUCCGAACUCAACUGCCUCCUUCAGAAUCGGGAAACCCCCACGAUAAUUUACUGUCUACAUCACCUAGGAGCCUUGUGUGUCCAAUUCAGCCACCCUAUCCAUCAAUGAUAACCUCCCCCGUAGCCCAUCUGCCACAUAUGCAGAGUAGGAACAUCAGUCCCGGGGAGGAAUGCCACAUAAUGCCUUCCGUUGUAGUCCACCAGGCUUUUCAAGUAACGGCCGCACCCCCCGUGGGGUCUUCUUACCAGCCAAUGCAGUCGAAUGUUAUGUACAAUGGACAGGCUUGUCUGCCCAUUAACACUGCCUCUCAUCCAGCAUUCGAUACGAUUUCAUUUCAACAGGAUGCGGCAGUACCUCACUUAAUCAACCUUGGCUGCCAGCCUCUGCCACCCAUACAAUACCAUCCUUCAAAUCCAGGCCCGUUGCCAACAGCAACCUCGGCACCCAGGCAUGCUCUAGGACCUCCAUCUUGUUCAGAGCAGGCGUCACCUCAUUUUCCGCCAAUGGGCUACCAGUGCCCCAGUGCGGGGUCGGGUCCCAUCUCCUCCGCUUCCCCCAGUCAGGCAGUGGGGCAGGUGCCCUCUCAGUUGCAGCCAGGUGCGUACCACCCUUCAAACCCCGGACCUACCACGUCAGCAUCCCCGACAGCUUCCCAUCCCUUGGUCUGUUCCCCACUGUCUGGACCACCAUCUCCUCAGCUCCAACCUAUGCCUUAUCAGUCUCCUAGCUCAGGACCUGUUUCCUCACCAUCUCCAACCACUGUAACUCACUCUAGACAACACUCCCCUCAAGCACACAGUCCCGGACUGGGAAGCCUUUCUGCACCCUCGUCCUUAGUAUGCCACAGGCUGUGCGAUUCAUCUCCGUUUUCAUCAGAUGGAGCAACUUUGAACAUUAAACCUGAACCGGAAGAUCAGGAAUUAAAUUUUGAAACCAUCGGACUCCAGGACAUUACAUUAGAUGACGACCAUUUUAUUUCUGACUUGGAAUACCAGCCGCCAGGUCCAGCAGAGACAUGGGUUCAACAGUCAGCUCUCAUAUCCAACUCCUUUCUGGAGAAUCUAGAGGUGAAUGAGAUUAUAGGCCGAGACAUGUCCCAGAUCUCUGUUUCACAAGGAGCAACGGGGACCAGCCAGUCGUCUCACGAAUGCCCCAGCUCUCUGGAUUCUGGACUGUCGGACGGAGUCUGAAGUUGGCCACCCCUGCCUGCAAUUAGGUGUCGUUAACAUUGCACUUCUCUCUGAGUAUUUCUCGUCUGUCCCCUCCUCUUAGACUUACUGUGCUUCCAACUCUGUGGCCUUCAUGAACUGGAAAAGGGGAUCUUUAUUGCCCCGUUGAUUUGGGUGGAUCUAUUCUUGAGGUAGUGAUGAUGUUUGUAAACCCAGUUCAUCAGAUGAUGGAAACAUUGACUUUGUAAAUGGACAAGAGUAGCACAGAAUGUUUUAACCUGUUUGAAGAUAACACGUGAGCUUUGCUUUGGAGCAUUUAAAUAGGCUACUUUUCUAUCGCGACUGCUCAAAGAAUUUGAAGUUAUGUGUUAGUUUUGCUCUUAUAAUCCCAAUCAGUACCGAGUUUUGAGAAGGGUUUAACCCACCCCUCCAGCGUGCUGCUUUUCUUUAGAAGAGCUGUAGAAUAGUUGGUAAUGAUGACUUUUCUGCUUUUUGUCAUUGGAAGGACCUUUCAGCUUUACUCUUGUCUAAAAGGAGACUUUUUAUCAUAAAACCUUCCAGAGACAGAGAUACUUGUCAGCUGCAGCCAGCUCCGCAGAAGCCCGGAAUGUAUAAAAUGACGGGGUUUUGUUUUUGUCUUAGGCUCGUAGAAAGCAAAGCCAAAUGUAGAUCUGCACUUCUUUAUAAACGUAAAAUGUUUUUUGUGAUAGGUUGAAGAGACACCAUUCCAUCCGUGAAAGAGUUGGGAUAGAAUUGACAUUCCAAAAGCGAACCUUUUUGUAACUUUAUAGAUACGCUUCUUGUAUUCGGUGACCUAGGCUUCAUACAGAAAUAGCUUUCCUAGCAAUGUUACCCUUACAGUCCAAUUUGUUACCUGGGAUUUGAGUUGUACCUUUCAUUUCAAAGCCAUGUUUGCAGGGAGGAGAGUUGGAGCUUUGCCUUUUAUAUCUGAAAUAUUUUCAAUCCACCAAUCUUCGGAGACCCUGAACUUUUUCCAUGCAGCCAAUUUUAAAUGUUUCCCAUCUGAUUGCAAAGAGAGCUACUAAUGAUGUUUUAUGAAUUCUUUACUGCUUUUGACUGCCGAGUUCUAUCCACAGGUCAUUGUCCAUCAAAUCAGGCCCAGUCCCCCAGGAGCCAAAAGAAACCAUCGACUCCAGAUCCAGAUGAUCCAGUGUGAGAGCACUUCAAAGUAUGGGACCAAUUGAUUGAAAUGUGUUUUCAGUGUGACGGGCUCCCAACAUACUGCAUGUCAGUAUCCUGGAAAAACAAGGCCUUGCCUCAUUAAUGCUCUGUGGAGAGGCUGGAGGAUUGAUUUUUUUUUAAAAAAAGACCUGGGACUUGUGUCCACUCCAUGGACUGAAAAAACAAAAACAAAAAACCCAGUCAAUCUCCCCACUUUUGUUUCAAGUCCCAACCUCCCUUCCCUCUCUCCCUCCCCCAACCACCCGCCUUGUUAUUCACUAGUGGAAAAAUAGAGUGAGUUCAGGAAAACUUUAGGGAGAAAUCAGUGAUUGGAUGUGGUUAUAGACCUGGCCAAAAACACCAAAGAAAAUUCACACAGUGUCAUUGAGGGACUUUAUCCACUUUUACCAAGAGGAGAGAGCCCGGAAGCCCACUGGUGAUUAAGAAGCCCACCAUUUUUUGAUCAUGUAGAACCCCAUAAAUGAAUCAAGUCAAUAAAUUGGCCAUUUGGGUGGUGCAGACUCACGGACAUGCAGCUAUCUGGAGGGAAGAAAUACACAACAGGAGUAAUGCUGAUUGUAUUUACAGGACUCUGGACAGAAAACAGAGACUCUGACUUAGUUUGUAGAUCCAUGGUGAUGGAGACUUUUCAUAGCAAAGAUAACUUUAUCUUGAGCUGCAGUUUGUCUCACCCCCGCUCCCUCACUCCAAAGACAAAUCGGAUCCGUUGCUUUAUACUGUAUAGUGUUCCAAAACUCAGACUUUCUUGAUUAGAAAGCUAGCAGUGGACCUGAAGGUGCCGAAUGGGGCCACAGAUAUUUCACAGUAAGCUUCGGUUUACUGUAUAAAACCUGCCUAUCGGAUAUGGAAAAAUUUAGAUGUCAGGUCGAAGACCCAGAAACCAUAGGGUGACUCCUAAGAAAUCGAACCAGGUAUCUUAAUGGAUUCUUUUGCUCUUUAGGAAUCCUGUCAAAAAUGGGGCAUACAAGUGUAAUGGACACCAAAGUUGUUAGAGCUGGAGGAAAAGGGAGGACUUUAUAACUCUGCAAAUAAAGUAGAUAUCUGCUUAACAGGACUCAGUACAGUCCUAGAAAUUGCCCCAUUUUUUUAAAUAUUGCAGUUGAAUCGUGAAUCUUUGGAAUGUAUUUUCAGCUAAAGACGAUGAAAGCCUCUCUUCUCCCCUGAAUUACUGUCUCCUUGAAGUCUGUGUGCUAAUUUAAUGGCUCAAACUGUCUGAAUUUUCACUUCAUAAAUGAGUUUGUGUAACACCGUAAUUUCCGUGGUAAUUUGGUUCAGGGAUUCUAGGGGGAGCAACAUAAAUUAUUUCAAUUAUCACCUUAAAAUCUGAUGUUCUUUAUCCCUUGGAACAGUCUGAAAGUUGCAGAGUAAAUGUCUGUCUGUGGUGUGUCCUUAAUUACCCUACCUUUGGUCCACAUUAAUAGCCAAAAACCUAUGUCUAAACCAGUUAAUCUAAACCCCUGCAUGGAUAGAAGGGUUCAGAGCAGUCAGUAACCCUGUUUUUGAAGAUAUUUGCUGGGGACCCAGAGAUGAAGAAGGGAUUCAGUCCUGUAAAAUAGCUACGUUAUGGAUAAGGGUGAGAAAGUUGAUUUUGAUCGAGUCUCCCAUCAGGGACAACAGAUGAGUCUCAGCUCUGAGACAUCAGGACCAAGAACCUGCACAGAGGAAUUGAUUCUGGUGGUUGUGACUUUGUCAGCCCCAUUCACACUGACGUCUUUGUCAGUCACGUUCCCACUGGUGCACGGGGCGCAACAAGCGAGUAGACGGGCAGAGGUGCCGCACAUUAUGAAGCUCUUGGGCGGUCUUCUCCAGCGGUGGCCAGCUACCGGGAGGGGGUGACCCGGGUCUGCGACCCGGGUUUCCUGAUUCCCAGAGAGGUUUAAUGAUUGGCCCCGGGUCCCACAGCAUUCAUUCAUUCAUUCAAUAGUAUUUAUUGAGCGCUUACUAUGUGCAGAGCACAGCAAGUUAAUUGAAGUCCAGUCCUUCUUGUUUGACCUUCAGUGGACACGGAGGAUUAGCUGGUCUAGCCCAGCAAGGCCAGAGCUUAUGGCCUGAAGCUCACCCCAGGCCGAGGGGGGAAACCCACUGAAGUUACGGAAGGGUAGCAGUGAUUUUUAAACCCAAACCAAGUUGACAGGCCUAGUCCACCCAGCACUUGGUCCCAAACUCUCCACUUCUCCCAGCUCCCUUGUCUUUCCCUCGUCUCAUUCUCCCGGUCCUGAACAUGGGCAUCCCUGAUCAUCUGUCCUCCUCCUGCUCUGACUGCCCGUCGGCCUCUUCGGGUUUCCAAAGGGCCUCGUAGGACUGCCCGACCCUUCAAAGCACUCCCAUUUGUAUCCACCUUCUUGCUACCGGAGACUCAACUCUAUCUCCAUUACAUACCCUAAAAUAGAGAGAUGUGCACCCAACCCCAAAACUCCCCCCGCUCUUUCUGCAACCCCUUGUCCAUUACCAAAAUCGAACGAGUGGCAUAGCCCCUCCAACUCUACCCCCAGGUCGGCAAACCUCGGGACCCAACCUCUCCGUUAAAGCGGUCAGUAUCUAACCCCAGCACUCCCUCACCAUCCAUGUGCCCCACUCCAGGGCUCACACCCUUCUGCAUUACAGACCCUAGAACAGUCAGCACCAUCCCCAACACUCUCUGUACCUCAGUGCCUCACCUGCUGAGGGCCCAAAGCCUCUCUCUUUUACAAAGCCUGUAAAAGAGAGGGAGGACCCAGCCCCAACACGCCCAACCACCUCUCCAUUACAUACCCCAGAGCAGCCAUACCCAUCUCCAACACCCUAUGUACCUCAGUGCCCCCACUCCUAGGGGAACAUACUCAUAUCUCCAUUAAUUACUUUUAAUAAUGAGGUACCGCCCGCCAACAUGCCCAAUCACUUCUCCAUUACAUACCUGAAACUGCUCACUGUUUCCCAGGCCCCAACCUCCCCGCCACCACCUGCCUCAUAACCAUAGCCCGGAGGGGGUCCAUUGCCUGUUUUGUAAUAAUGGGGGUACCCAGCCCCAAAAUACCCAACCAGUUCUCCGUUACAUACCCCAGGUCGGUUAUAACCAUUCCCAGCACUCCCUCCUCUGCCCGCCGCCACCCUCGGUGCCUGAGUUCCUCCCUUGCCGAGGGACCAAACUCCAUCUCCAUUACAUACCAUGUAACAGUGGGCUGUCCAGACCCAAGUACACCUGACCACUUCAUACCCAGAUCCGAAACGGCCCUUGCCUCUUAACUGCUCCUGCCAGGGGUCCGAUCCCUAUCUCCAUUACGUAUUCUGAAUCAGUCACUGGUCUGGCCUGCACCAAAACGCCCAGUCCCUUAUCCAUUACUUGCCUCUGAGAAAUCGAGACCCAGCACUAACACCUGUGCCUUAUUGCCCCCACUGCCGUGGCCUCAAACCCCUUGUUUAUUAUGAACUCUGUAGUAGUCCCCAGCCCCAGAACACCUAACCACUUCCCCAUUAUGUACCCCAGAACGGUCAUAUCCAACCCCAACACUCCCUCCUCCUCCUGCUCCCUCAGUACCUCAGGUCCACCCCCUGCCAAGAGCCCAAAGUCCACCUCCUUUAUGUACUUUGGAACAGUCGCUACCCAGGCCCAAAACCACCUCUGCUUCAUAACCACCUCUGCCAGGGGUCCAAACCCCUUAUCCAUUACACACUCUGAAAUUCAAGAGUACCAAUGCGCCCAGUCGCUUCUCCAUUACGACCUUGGAACGGUCAUCGCCACCUCCAACGCUCCACCUUCCCCCAGCACCCUCUGAACCUCGACAUCCCCCCUUUACCCCAUCCCCACUGAGGGUGCAAACUCCAUGUCCAUUUUGUAAUCUGCAACAGCGGGAUGCCCCAACCCCAAUCCACUCAUUCUCCGUUACCUACCCAGACCCAAAACUACCUCUGCCUCAGAACCAUCCCCGUGGGGAUCCAUUCCCAUGUUCCAUUACUCUACCCUGUAGCAACAUGCCCAGCCACUUAU